AUGCAAAGCUUGCAGUCGAGCAGGCAAAGUUUGUGCUGGCUACGAUCAUGUGCCUCGGUCGAUGCAGAGCCUGGGACCAAGAAGACUCGAACCACUACUGCCAAGGCUUCCUUUCACGCCGACUGUCAACCUCCGCGAUCACGAGAGCAUCUCGCUGGACUUCUUUCGCUUGUUCACCAUCAAUUACCACAAAAGACCUGGUGGCAGCAUAUAAUCCUGGAUCUGAGUAAGAAGGAGCCGGUCUUGGCGCAUGCGGCCACGGCUUUAGGCUCAAUGCAUCGUGCCAUAGCUCCUCCAGGCGACUGCAAGGAGCUAAGCGUCAAUACAGACCAACGCCAGAUUGCUACAGAUCAGUACACCAAAGCCGUGGCUUUGAUGCGACGAUACAUCGAUGAGUGCUUUCGGGGCGAUCGCGUCCUCAGUCAAGAUCAGCUCGUAGUGGUACUGUUGGCAUGCCUGCUAUUCUUCUGCUUCGAAGCGUACGUCGGUCACGAUGAGCAGGCUUCCCUUCACCUACGCACUGGCUCGCGGGUACUGUACGAGCAACGGCGAGAUCUUGAGGCAGCGCAGACGAGAGACGCAGGAGAUCGCGUGAUUACAACAAGAGCCCAUAUGCGAAGCUAUCUGGACGCAUUGACCUAUACAUUCGUUCUGCUGGACAACGACCUCAAUAUGGUAGACGAAGAGGAGCGAUACCUGACCACGAUUUGCCUGGAUAAGAUGCCUUCAUAA